GGGCUUAACAAUGAAUUUUAUCUAAGAAAAAGUUUGGAAAGAAAUAUGAGGUUUUAUGAAGGUGCUAAAUUAUUUGGCGCAUUUUAUCAAACACCUUUUUAGCAGACUCCACAACCCACAGCAACCAUUGAAUUAAUCCCACAUGACCACUCCUACGAAUUUUUUGUAUCAAUAAACUUCAAUGACAUACCUCUAGGUUUACCACUGUUGAAGUUUUCUGCUUCAUUGAUACUCUAUUUCUUGUACUUCCAAUUAUCAGCUCAUUAUUAAUGGUGGUGGCCACUGUAAUCCUCUAAAACAAACGUCUUAUGCUCUUUCCUCGGUCUUUGGAGAUCUCAGUAAUAUGUCUCUCCAAUUUUGAAGGAUGCAACAAAAGGAUUGCAAACGUGUCACAAGACAAGUUGUCCGUCACUCUUAUAACAUAACCAUCAGUUCUUAAUCCAUCAUUAAACGCGGGAAACAGGAAAACACGAAAAAAGGAAAAAGAAAUCGAGGUUCCCGCUCAUUCCUAAAUUCAAACGCAAUAAAAUCCUAAACUUUCCCGCUAAUUCCAAAACUCCUCCUUUCUCCUUUCUUUUGACCGUUGUAUUAAACGUCACCGUCUCUCUCUCUAUAACUCUGGCUCUUCCUCUUUCAUAAUAUUUUUUCGCUUCUCUCUAAUACCCUUGAAGAAAAGGGCCGUCUCCUUCUCUGCUUCAUUGUCAAAAGAAAAAUGGGCAGAUCCGCUAAAAGGCCGAACCGGGAACCCGAAGUAGAAGAAGAAGACGGCGCAACUUUGUCGGACCAAAAAGGUCCGAUUACUUUGCUAUCGGCAAGACCUAAAGAAACCAAAAAGGCAAAGCUCGAUGCUGAUCUGUCCUUUAUAGGAAACCCUAUUUCAGCCACUGAAGCACGGAAAAAAUGGCCUCAACGCUACAAAUCUCAGAUUAGUAAAGUGAAAAAUGGGUCUGAGCCGCAGAAUGGGGUAUUGAGCAAAGAUGACGAUGUAACGCAGGCGAAAUGUCAUUAUAAACAGGCUAUGGUUGAUGGUAUCCUAUAUGAUCUUGGCGAUGAUGCUUAUGUCAAAGCUGAAGAUGGAAAACCUGACUACAUUGCUAGGAUUGUGGAGAUGUUUGAAAGUAUUGACGGGGAGCCAUUAUUUACUGCUCAAUGGUUUUAUAGGGCUGAAGACACUGUUAUCAAGGAUUAUGUUAAAACUGCAGAGAGCAGACGAGUGUUUCUUUCGGAGAUCAGAGAUGACAAUCCUUUGGAUUGCAUCGUCUCUAAAGUAAAAAUUGCCCUAGUUGAACCCAACUUGGAUUUAGCAGAGAAGGAGAGAAAUCUGCCACCUUGCGACCUGUAUUAUGAUAUGAAAUACACAUUACCAUUUUUGACUUAUGAAACAAUAAAGACAGAUGAUUCUGGAAGGGACAGUGGUUCAUCAUCAACCAUAUCAAGUGAGAAUGACUCAAACAACAGUAUUGAUGAUGUUAAAGUCACCACUGCAAAACCAUUGAAAGUUCUUUCAAAAGUUCAUAGUUCUGAAAAAUCAGAGUUGUAUUUGUUGGACCUUUACUCUGGUUGUGGUGCCAUGUCAACUGGCCUUUGCAUGGGUGCUUCUUUGUCUGGUGUGAAACUAGUGACAAAGUGGGCUGUCGACAUAAAUGCUUUUGCAUGCAAAAGUUUGAAAACAAACCACCCUGAAACCGAGGUCAGAAAUGAGGCAGCAGAAGAUUUUUUGUCUUUGUUGAAAGAAUGGGAAAAGCUAUGUAGGAAAUUUUCAUUAUUUGGUUCAGAAAAGCAUCCAGAACAGAGUUCUAACUCUGCAAGUGAUGAGGAAGAGGAAGACGAAGAGGAAGAAGAAGAAGAAAAAGGCAAGGAUAAAGAUGAUGACGAUGAUGAAAUAUUUGAAGUGGAAAAGCUACUAGCUGUUUGCUAUGGUGAUCCUAACAAAGUCAAUAAACGUGGAUUAUACUUCAAGGUACGUUGGAAGGGUUAUGGUCCUAGUGAGGACACUUGGGAACCUAUUGAGGGCUUGAGUGACUGCAAGGAUAAACUAAAGGAGUUUGUGACAAAAGGUUUUCGAUCAAAGAUCUUGCCUCUUCCUGGAGAUGCUGAUUUUAUUUGUGGAGGCCCUCCAUGUCAGGGAAUCAGUGGUUUUAACCGUUUCAGAAACACAAAAGCUCCCUUGGAUGAUCCCAAGAACCAUCAGAUGGUGGUAUACAUGGAUAUUGUUGAGUAUUUAAAACCAAAAUAUGUUCUCAUGGAAAAUGUAGUGGAUAUUUUGAGGUUUGCUGGUGGUUUCUUGGUUCGUUAUGCCCUUGGCCGUCUCAUUUCUAUGAACUAUCAAGCUCGGCUAGGCAUGAUGGCUGCUGGAUCAUACGGUCUGCCACAAUUUCGAAUGCGCGUCUUCAUGUGGGGUUCUCAACCAUCUGAGAGCUUGCCCCAGUAUCCAUUGCCAACACAUGAAGUUGUAGUAAAAGGGGGCAUUCCAAAUGAAUUUGAGGAAAUUACUGUUGCCUAUAAUAAACUUGAUCCCUGUCAAUUGGAAAAGGCCCUUUACCUUGGGGAUGCAAUAUCGGAUCUUCCACCAGUCAACAAUGAUGAGAGUCAAGAUGAAAGGAAGUAUGGGACAACUCCUCAAUCAGAUUUUCAAAAAUAUAUCCGAUUGAAGAAAAGUGAUGUAGUAGGUUUCGCCACUGAUAAAAAUGCAUCACAUCCUCAAAUGUUGUAUGAUCACCGACCUCUAAAGUUGAACGAUGAUGAUUAUCAAAGGGUGUGCCGCGUUCCCAAGAAGAAGGGUGCAAAUUUUAGGGACUUUCCUGGCGUGUUAGUUGGUACUGACAACAAGGUAGAAUGGGACCCGGCAGUUGAAAGAGUGCUGCUUCCAUCUGGAAAACCAUUGGUUCCUGAUUAUGCUAUGUCGUUUGUUCGUGGGACGUCUUGCAAGCCAUUUGGUCGUUUGUGGUGGGAUGAAACUGUUGCAACUGUUGUAACAAGGGCCGAACCUCAUAAUCAGAUUGUCAUUCAUCCGAUGCAAGAUCGAGUACUUUCUAUUCGUGAGAAUGCAAGAUUACAAGGGUUUCCUGACUGCUACCAGCUGCAUGGACCUGUCAAGGAGAGGUACACACAAGUUGGAAAUGCUGUUGCUGUUCCUGUUGCUACUGCAUUAGGAUAUAGUUUUGGAAUAGCAAGUCAAGGAUUUUCGGACAACAAGCCUUUAACUACCUUACCUUUUAAGUACCCCAAUUGCCUUCAGAAAUCAUCUUGAGCACAAAUGAAACAAAGUGAUUCUGAUUGUGCUGUAAGGAUUUAGAUCCUAGUUAGUUAUGACGUAACUUGGUUAGAUAAUUCUUUCCAGUGUUGCCGCUGGACUAUUUAACUUUCUAAAAGUUUCAUUUACUUGCGGCAAUUCAAGAACAGACUAGCUGAGUCGCCUCUCUAAUUUGUAAGAGUUUCAAGAAAGCAAUGUCUUGAAAUACGUAUAUUCUUCUUUCAGGCGUCGAAAACCUGAUUCUUCAAUGGCAGCUAUUUUGAUGCGAGGUUGUAAAUGUAUUUGUUAGUUGAAUUCAAGCCAAAUUUCUGUCUGCCUUCCCCUAGUCAA